CUAGGUCUCGCACUUCUGAUCGAACAGAUACUAGCUACUCAGCCUGAUUUGGUAAUACAGCUUUAUGCUCCGAAGGGGGCUCCCGGUGUUAGAACUGAUUUACCUCUUCUGAGCUGCGAAUCUCUUUCAAAAAUGAGCGGCUGGCUCUAUUUGCAUGACUUUAUUGCCAGUCCCCAGUCUGCAAUGCGUGAUCACUUCCUAACCGACGCUGCUGCUUUCCGCCAUAACCUGUGUCCUCCUGAUCACCGAACACUCACUUUGCUCGGUCACCUUAUCACUCAACUCGCUGAUGCUGAGACAAGCCUUCCCGGCUACCGAAUCCACGGCAGUUCACAGCUAGGACACCCAGCUGCCCAUCUCCUUGAUGUAUUGCCUUUCCAUGUUCCAUUAGCCUGCUUCUUUGAGAAGCCAUUCCCUUCCACUCUUGAGUCAAUAUCCGAAAAUGUAUCAGCAAACCCGAACGAACAGUAUGAUCAAGGCUUUUCUGUGUAA